AUGUCUCCAGGAGGUCGGAGCAGGAAUCAAUCACCACGGAGCCCCGGGCAUAUCUUCAUCGAGCAGACAGUGGAGAAUAUCCAUCAAGGCAACUCAAGAGUGGUGUCCAGUCAUGCUCGGAAAUUCCAACUUGCUGGCAAACGUCGGCAGCAAAGAUCGUCGGCGAUGGAGCGUGCUGCGCAUGCCAGGAGUCUUGUCGGAUGGCAAUCUCGGUCAGCCAGUCCCAAAAAUGUACUGGAAGAGACGACUUUAGCACGAUCAAAGUCUACCACGGACGAUGCACUCGACCCUGCAAUGUCUCUGAUAAACGUCUCGAUCAACAUCGGUCUUCGUGCAGACCCGUUCAACUCGUUUCCCUCUUCGAAUUCAAAAUCGGUCAUGGACAUGGUGGAUUACCACAUACAUGUCUGGUCACCUCACAAGGCCGGAAACUUCGACGACCUGAUGGGCUACAACACCCAACUCGAGCUUUGCUGGCCACUUGCACUCCAAGACGAAAUGCUGUUCGACGCCACGUUGGCGGUGAGCAGAACAGCCUGUGUAUUGUCACAGCACAAAGACCCUUCCGAGGACCAAUUGAUGUUGUACCAUCGUGGCUUGGCAAUGACGGCUCUGCGACGGCGAGUGUCUUUGGAAACACAAAAGUCUCUCGAAGCCCUGAUUUUCUGUAUCGGGAGAAUGAUCAGCAUAGCGUAUAUGUCGAGCGAAUUCGAAGCCUUCAUCGCCCAUUUUGAGGCUUUCAGGACGGUUUGUGCACGCUAUAUCGAGGCAAAUCCAAACACCGACACGUCUCUUACCAUUCAAAAUCGACUCGAUAGCUGGACGGCACUACAUGCCUACCGGACCGGCCGUAACCUCCUAUGUGGCUCGGAAGCGACAACAUCAUUCGGAUCGCCUCAAGAACUGGCACCCCAUCAGCAGGGGCGAUCUGUCCUACCGACACUUCCCCUAUCCCCAGCCCUAGAUUCUGUACUACGUUCCCUCGACACAGUUUCCCUGAUAUAUCAAUCAUCCUGGGACUUUCGAAGCCAAUCGAUCGUACUUUCCAACUUACAAACCUCCACAUCCCAACUUGCUCGAAUCCUCGCCUCGCCAGACAUGUCGCCCAUCGAGUUACAGUUCUCUUGCGCACUUCUCGCGUACUGUCUACAACUGUAUGGCAUGUACCAGGCUCUACAGGACCAGCAGCAAAGUUUGGUACCAGCGGAAGUCUUCGCAGAACCUGCUGCCGGCGACGCCCUCCCAGCGCUUUCCAAGAUGGGCGAUACGUUUCUCUAUCAGAAACUCGAAGGCUUCUCUACCUCUCCGACACACAGAACUUGUCUGACUUGGUGCGCUCUCGUCCUGGGCAGUUUUCUCUCACAACAAUUCGACCAUCACUUACGGGGUAAGGGACACAUCAUACACGUCAGUCUGGCUAUGCGGUUAAACGUGAACGUGAACAACGGCCCCGCACACAACCCAGUAGCAAAUGAGUACGGCUGGAGUGGGAUCGAGUCCGAACUCGAAGGGGCAACAAUGUCUGGAAUGUGGUUUUCUGGUCUUGUCCAGGAGUGGCGGAACGAUUGGGUGAAUUCUAUGCGAAGGCAGCAAGGGUGGGAAUCUCAUGGGUUGUUCAAGAUUGGUGUGCCUAAAGCUGUACAGGUCAAGUGGGAAAGGGCCGGUAGUGGCAGUGGUCGUGGUCGUGGUCAUACGGAACGUGGUAGGAGGACAACACGACUACACGAGAGAGAAGAUGAGAACAGUCCCGAUGUAGAUGUUAUCGAGUAUCUCGUCUUGAGGGAUGCGAGGGAUUCAUUGCCUAGGAUAUGACUUGUGAUGUUAUG